AUGUUACGAUUUGUUUGGGAGAGUGUGUUGAUGUCUGGAUUGGAAUAAUUUCGUGUUUUAUAGGGAGGAAAAGAAAGGCGCAAAAAAUUAAAAGAAUUUUUAAAUCUUGAUAAAUAAAUCCAGAGCAAAGUAGCGUGUUUUUGUUUAUUGAUUUAGUGUUUAAGUUACCAGGCUAUUAGGAUCAAAAUAGACAACCCCAAAAUGGACUUCAUAUUGCAGAUUUGGAGGACGGAAUCACGGAGGAACAAUUGUAUGUGGAGUUUCGAAAGUUUGGAUAGAUCAGCUUUGUUAAAUUGCACAGGUAUGUGAUGCAGCUAUGUUUAGAUUCCCAUUCAUCGGUAAGUCCAAGCAUUAUGCCUUCAUCUAUUUCUCCUCUUAGGAAGAGGCAAGGAAGGCGAAGGAAGCCAUGAAUUACAAAUA